AUGCUGUGUAAAAGAUGCGACAGCGGCUUCCAUUCAUCCGCCAUGCGUCCCGGUGGACCACAGGCUGACCGCCGUGCCCGAUAUGCAUAGUAAGAAAAUGGAUGCCACUCUUCAACGACGACGUGCAACCUUUCUUUCGAUUGCACUAUGAUCAGACGCCAUGGCGCUGCCAGCCCCUCGUUCGUCGUCACCCUCGACCCGCCAGGUUGCCUCAGGCGCCCUCCCGAUCUGUACUUGCCUGGCGAGCCCUUACACGCGGGGCUGGUGACGUCGCUGUGGGCACAAUCAGCGAUAUCCCGAUUAGCCGUCAGGGAAAGCAUGGGAUGUGUGGAUCACUGCCGUUGGACUGUGUGCCUGAAGAUCCGUCAGCUGAGGCGUUUGGCCUUCUGA